AGGACGCCGAGAACGAGAUGGUGUUCACGGUGGCGUACGGCGCGAGCAGUAUCUCCGCCCACCGCCCCCCCUCCCCCGACGCCUUCCACAUCGACUCCUCUGCCGUGCCGCCCCCGCUGGGCGACGCCAGCCGCGACGUCGUCGUCGACAUCGGCUGCUCGGAGGCGUCGAUCUCGCGGUGCGGGGCGGGCCCCGGGGCCCGGCCCUCCGAAGGAGGAAGCGAGUCGGAGGGCUGCUGCAUCAUCUGCUACGACGACGACCAGACCUGCGUGUUCCUGGAGUGCGGCCACGGGGGGUUCUGCCGGCGGUGCGCCAACAAACUGUUCGUGCGGCCGCCGCACGAGUGCCCGACUUGCAGGCAGAAGAUCGACCAG